AUGAUGAGUGCAUUACUUGAAAAACUUCGUCCACGUCCUGAAGCUACACCAACCGCUCUUAAACGUGAAGCAAAUGAAUAUUUACAACGUGCAGCUAAUUUUGAAAAAAAUAAACAAUAUGAUGAAGCAUCUAUACUUUAUAAACGUGUUAUUUCAUUAAUUGGUUCACAUGAAGGUACAUCAGCUAUUGAUGAUGAAUUACAAACAAUUAAACGUAAUACAAAUCAACGAUUACUUCAAUCAUCACUACAUCAAAAUCGAUCAGCAGAUUCAACUGGAAUCUAUCAAAAUAUGGUUCGACAAUUAUCUGAUCAUGUACCAGAAAGAAUGUAUGAACAAGAUUUAACUGAAAUGAGUGAACAAGUUUUUGAAGAUCCAUCAGCAUUUCAACCUGUAACUGAUAAUGGUACACAAGAACAAAGCAAUGCUACAGUUUUAUUUCAACUUGAUGAAGGUGCUCGACUUUUUUAUAUGGCUAAAGAUGGAUCAAUUCAAACAACAUCAGAAUCAUUACCAUUAACAAUUUUUCAAAUGAAUGAAGGAGAUGAAACAUCUGGAUUAUUAAAAUUAGGUAGUUGGAUUUAUCCAUUACAUCCAAAUGUAUCACCAGCAUUUAAAACAGGAUAUGAUGCAUAUAUUUUUCCAAAUAAUACAUCAGUUGGUGAAUUUGUUGGUCUUAUGUUUGAUGAAAGUGUUCUACCUGAUGCUCGUUAUUUCUUCGAAGAUAUUAUUUCUAAACUUUCCGUUUUUAUGGCUCAAGAAGGUACACCUACAGUAAGUAAAUAUGGUGCAUCAUUAACAGCUGCAAGUGGUACUAGUAAAUUAACUAGUCAAGCAGCAAAACCAGAAGUAAUCUCUAGUGUUUCACGUCAAACAAAAGAAGCAACUAGUAAAAAAUCUGAAAUCAUCGGAGAAGAUGAAGUUGCUAUUGAAGAAGAAUUACCUUAUGAUACAACAACAUCAACAGGAAAACUUGCUGCAGCUCUUAUUACUGGAACAAAAUUUUUAACAAAACAAUUAGCAACUGGUGUUGUUAUGGCUGAAAAUUUAAUUGGACAAGUUUCAAAAAAUGUUCAUGAUAAAUUAGUACCAAAUGCUGAACCAACAAAAAUUAAUAAAGGUUUACAUGUCACUGCUCGUGGUUUACGUUCAACAUCAGGUGUUGCUGUUAAAGCAAGUAAUUAUGUUGUGUCAAAAGUUGGUGCUAUGACACUUGCAUUAGCUAGAACUUUUGCACCAAAUUUUGGUAAAAUUGAAAAACGAGUAAAACCUGAUGGUACUGUUGAAAUAGUUAAAUUAAGUGGAGUACGUGGUAUUGGACAUGCUGGAUUAACAAGUUUUAGUGUUAUUUAUGAAAGUUGUGAAAAUGCUGCAAAACAUUUAGCAACAAAUUUAGCUAAUGAAAGUAUUGGUGUUGUUAAACAUAAAUAUGGAGAAGAUGCAUCACUUUUUACAGAGAAUGCAGCAUAUGCAGUUGGAAAUACUGCUUUAACAGCAUAUUAUGUUGGAGGACUCGGUCCAAAAGCAAUUGCUCGAAAAGUUGUUAAACAAACAGCUAAAGAAACGGCCAAGAAUGCAUUUUCAUAA